AUGACUUCAUCCUCAGAAUUACCUACUUACGUCAUACUCUGGGACUUUGAUGAAGAUGUCUCCGACCUUGAUGAGACCAACGCAGACGAAGCUAUAGCGUACAAUGGGCCUGGGGCAGCAGAAUACCAACUUCUGAGAGGGAAGAGGGAGGAACGCAAAAGAGAGCUUUGCCAGCGCAAAGACACUAUCAGAAAGCGCAGGGAAGAUGCAGGAGAGGAAGAGAAAAACAAGACUGACCAAGUGCGCGUAGUAUAUGAAGUCUUGGAGAUUUCCAUGUCCAGAAGCGAAUCUUCUCGACUAGGUCCUAUCGACAGCCAGUUCGAUCUCCACUUUAUGGACUACUUUGACCGUUUUUAUGAUCCCAGUCCGCACGGCUAUCAGAGAAGAUACAUCAGGUUCGAAUACCAAGAUAGAGGUGAGGCGCACCGCGACAAUCUCACCGGUCGGUUCUGGCUCAAUCCUAGUGUCGACCUUGAACUUGUCCCAUUAAUCUACACCCCCGAUGGUAGAUCCUUUAUGAGUCUGCAAUUUAUCGACAAGGAUAAUUUGAUCCUCAAAGCAAGCCGAGAUCUUGUCUUCUGGGCGACUCCGCAGGAUUCACAAGGCCCCGACACGUUCACAUUCAUGGGUGUUCGCAAUGAUCGGUGUGCUCUUGCGCCGCCAACGAAAUUUCUCUCGGUGCAAGAUGAAACUCUCUGUGAAUUUUGUCACGAUGAUGCGCUCAUUCCGCUAAUCCGCACCAGAGCUCUCUCAGAUCUCACUGAAUCCUCGCGCUACUGUCAACUAUGUGCAAUGUGGCUUAGGGCCCUAGAUCAUUCACGUCAAAACCUGAAAGUUCGAGGCCAAGUUGCCUUACUGAGACAGCAUCCAUUAGAGCAAGACAUUAGCGACGUGGCGCUUGUAUUUAUGAGUUCUUCGGUGCUGCCAUACAUUGUAUGGCCGCACAUGGGAUAUGCGUGGGCGACUCUCGAUGCGAUCAGUACCGAUGGUGCGAAAGACAUUAACUUGAAGCCGUUGCCUAGAUCUGAUCAGGCCGACGCUACUUGGAAGUCGGUCAGAGAAUGGCUUGGUCGAUGCCAGAAAUAUCAUAAAGAUUGCAAACUUCAGAGGACACCCACCUGGAAGCCAACCCGGCUGCUCUACGUCUGUAAUACACAGGCUGCGCUUCAAGUCCGCCUAGUUGAGGGUCAGGAAUUACCCGACGGCACUGAGUAUCUGACCCUGAGCCAUUGUCUGGGUGUAGGAAACACUCUUCAACUUACCCGCAGCAACAUCGAAGCCUUCAAGUCCUCAAUUCCUGUUGAUGAACUCUCCCGCGUCUUCAUCGAUGCAUGUAACACCACCAAAAGGCUGAGUCACGAAUACCUCUGGAUCGACGCGCUCUGUAUAAUCCAAGACGACCCUACAGAUCGGGAACAUGAGGUUGGUUGUAUGUCUUCCAUCUACGGGAACUCAUGUCUCAAUCUCUCGGCGGACGGAGAUGAUGCGGCGGACCAAGGGCUCUUCUGUCCUUCCAGCAAGCGAGCCCUCCAUCCAUGGUACCCGGUAUAUAUACGUCGUGAACGGGGCCAUGAAUCGCCUCGCGAUUAUUGCAUAUCCGAGUAUCACAACUGGUGGGAACGCAUCUCAAACUCAAAGUUAAAUCGAGGAGCCUGUGCUCUCCAGGAGCGUGUUUUACCGCCAAGAGUACUGCAUCUGGGACUUGAGCAAGUUGCUCUCGAGUGUUGCUCAAACGCAGUGUGCGAAAGACUGCCAUAUGGUGACCCGACAAUAAGAGAGGAUACCGCCGUACUUACUUCACUGAAAAGGUUUGUUCUCGACGCACGAAAUGGAAAUCUGUCUAGCCUUAGUCCUGAGACUGCUUUUCGGAACUGGAAUCAAAUAGUUCAAGCUUACUCUCAGGGACAGCUCACGAUUGCAACCGACAGGCUCGUUGCGCUAUCAGGCCUUAUUGAUGUGCUGUACCCCGUCUUUCAGCAGAUGACGGAGCGAGAAGAUGAAGUCGAAGAUCGCCAGACUGAAGCGGAUUCAUUGUGUCAUAACUCGACAGGGCUUUUUCUCGCUGGGCUAUGGCGGCCGUAUGCCGAGAGACAACUGGUAUGGCGAGCGAUGUCUCGCGAUCAUCCAUUUACAUAUGAUGGCAACGCACUUUCAGUGCCUGGGAAGCGCUACGACGAGUACAUUGCUCCAACAUGGUCGUGGUGUUCUGUCAAGGAUGCUGCCAUCGUACCACAGGAGUUAAGGUCGGGUAACAUCUACUUCACCAAAGUCAUCGACACAAAUAUCAUCCCUGACAAGAAGCUAAAUCCAGCAACGCAUUUGAGUAGCAUGAGGUACUGCUCCUCACCCGGUUCAUUUCUCCGUCUGCGGUGUUCUUACCUAACUAUCGUGGAGUUGGGGCCUGUGAGCGGCAUGAAACUUAUGAACUUCAGAGCCGCGACCCAUGAGAGAGGCCGGGGCGAGGAAGCGAUUGAUGUUCAAAGUAGAAACUACUGGGAUGUGGAGUUUAGUCAAGAGGCUAUAGACUGCAAGUCGCCCAUUGCGGUCCCCAUCUUUGCCAGGACGGACUUCUCCAACUGUGUAUACUGCCUCGCUCUAGACGAAAGGCGGGGUGAGAACGGGCACAUAUGGUAUAUACGACUUGGAGCCUUCGUGAUCACUUAUCCUGAGGAUGUGACGAGGUUCUGGGAGGGGAUUGAGGAGUUUGAUAAGCAUAUGCCGGAAGAGUGCGCAAGGCAUGAUGGGCUGCAUAGAUUUAAGGACCUGAAGUGGGGCAAGUGUACGUAUGUGAAGAUGGAUGAGGUCUUGCAACGGAUUAUUGAGAUCAGGUAG